UUUCAGUACUCGCAGUGAAUUUCGGAACACAGCCAUAGCUCAGCGAUUCUCUUUCAUUUUAUCAUUGCAAACGCUGAAAGGACGUACCUAACCUAUCUGGUGCCCAUACAACAAUAUAAUAUGAUAUUUUUGGGACUGGACUUCAAAAGAAUCGAGAUUAAGUGGAUAUCUGUAAGCUAUAAACACGGAUAUAUAAACAAAGAAACCUCAAGAAGGAGCAUAAGAAUGUUCAAAAAACCUCUGUAAACUGGAUGAGAGAUGGUCGAUUUUUAAUCGUCUGUAAGAGAGUCAAAGAUUGCGAUAAGCUGUAUGAAUAGAUAGAUGAGUAAUGUCUAGUUUAAAAUUGCAGUUUCACUUUUUGAAUAUAAAUUAAAAGAAAAUACUGGACAUCUAUGUACUAAUUCCACACCUGGUAUCUUAAGGAAUUAUCGAUAUCUGCAUGCACAAAUUACCUUUUGGACUGAAAAUGGUCAAAUCGACGAGGAAGAUGUCCAUUUUAUAAAUUUUUUAGUUUUCGUAAGAUGCUUUUAAUUUUAUUAUAGCAUAAAUCGCGUGCAAAGCUUGAUAUUUUCUAUAUAUAUCAGUUUUUAUUAUUUCAAACUUCUGUAUAUUGUUAUCUCUUUUACUUUUUUUCUUUAACUUUUUGUGUUUGUUAAUUUUCUGUUCUACAUAAAAAUGUGUGAUAAAUUAAAGAAAAAGCCUAGGCGAAACUUUUCAGAAAAUUGGCUCAAAGAUAGUCGAUUUAAAUCUUGGAUACGCAAAGUAGAGUAUGACGAUAGCCUUUUUUAUUGUACUAUAUGCAAUAAAAAGUUGUCGUGCAACUUAUCGCAUGUUUUAAGACAUGCAAACUCUACGUGUCAUAAAAAUAAUAUGAAAGAAAAAAAUACAUCAUUAAAUAGUAAUAAUGGAAGUUUGACCAAAAAAAUAUCAAGAAGACGAAAAUUUCAACAAAAAUGGUUAGAUGUCGAGCAAUUUAAGCCAUGGCUAUGUGAAGUAUCACAUAACGAGAAUUUAUUUUUUUGCUCCUUCUGUAAUAAAUCUAUUGUUGGUGGCAAAUCGCAAAUUUGGCGUCACGGAAAAUCCAAAGCACACAUAAAGAUGUCUGAAGACAAUAAUAUAGAAACUAACGAAACAAAUAAAACAAACGAAACAAAUGAAUCAAACGAAGAUGAUAACAUGUUAAGCAAUGAAUCACUUUUGUCACAAAUAACGUUUGAAGAGCGAAAAAAAUCGGCAGAAAUUCGAUUUGCCGCGUUGAUUGCUGAUAAAAAUAUUCCAUAUCAAACUGCAGAAGAUAUUCUCAGUUUUUUUCAACAAAUAGGAGAAGAUUAUCACGUAUUGAAAAAUAUGAGUAUGGGUCGAACAAAAUGUAAAAAUAUAAUUACAAACGUGUUGUAUCCAGUCGAGAUGAACCGUGUGGUCAACAGCAUUCAAAAGACAAAAUUUUCAAUUUUUAUUGAUGAAACGUUUGAUAUUUCUAAUGAAAAAUGGACAACAUUUUUUGUUCGGUAUGUUGAUCCUGAAACAUUAGACAUUCGCUCGCAAUUAGUAAAAUUAAUUAAUAUUGAUGAUAAAAAUAAGUGUGACGAUGUGAUGAUUGACGAGGAAAAAUUAUUUCAUGUAUUUCAAUGCGAAAUGUCGAAACUUAAUAUUCCAUUUUUAAAUAUUGUUGCUUUGUCAUGCAACGAUGCAUCUGCCAUGACAGACACAUAUUUAUCAUUUAAAGAAAAGCUAGAAGAAACUUGUAAAAAUUUACUAACAUUUUCAUGUCCAUGCCAUUCUACUGCAUUGGCUGUGACUACCGCAUAUAGAAACAUACCGGAUUAUUGCAAAGAUUUUUUAAAAAAGAUUGCGAAUUAUAUUAACAAUAGUCCCAAAAAUUCGACUAUUUAUGAAGAGUUUAGUGAAUGUAUUCAGGAAACAAACUGCAAAAUUUUGAAGUUGUCUGAUACACGAUGGCUUUCUCACUAUUCAUAUAUUAAAAAGCUUCUCGAGUCUUGGGAUACAAUAAAGUUUUUUCUUGCUAAAAUGGACAGAAAUGAAAAGUCAAAGUCUUCUGGACAGGAUUUGUUGAUUAUAAUGGAAAAACUUGAAGUAAAAGCAUAUUUAUUAUUUUUAAAACAUAUUUUAUUUUGUUUUAAUUCAUUCAAUAUAUUUUUCCAAACCUUAGAAACAAAAAUUCAUUUAUUACAACCAAAAUCAGUAGAGUUUCUAACUAUAGUCUCUAAAUAUUUUUUGAAACAAAAGUUUUUAAAUCAUUUAUGUAAUAAUAAUAUUCAAUUUUCUCAAAAAGAGCAUCAGAAGUCUUUAAAUAAAGUAAAUUUAGGGUCAGAAUGUGAAGAAUACCUCGAAAAAUUGAUGAAGGAAGGACACGCAAACAUAGUUGGAAAUGUUCGAGAGAAUUGUCUACAAUUUUACGUGACUGCUGCCGAGGAAAUUAGUAAAAGAUUACCGAUUAAUGACAAAUUUUUAUCUAAAUUGAAAGUUUUUCAAGGAGAGACAGCUUUACGUGAACCUGACAGAGAAACAUCAUUCAACGAUGUUUCUUUCAUCGCUCAAACCUUUGGUGGUUUUGACCAAAAUGGUUUAAGGAAAGAAUGGCAUACUUUAUAUUUAGAAUUUACACAAACAGAAAAACAAAAUCUUGUGAAAUUAAAUUUUGAUGAUAUGUGGAAACAAAUUUUGCAAUGUCAAUACUCUAUUAAUAAUAGUAAAUAUCCCAAUCUCAAGUCUCUUUUGAAUGCUGUUAGAUCACUUCCAAAUUCAAAUACCGACCCAGAAAAAAUAUUUUCUUUUAUAUCAGAUUUAAAAACAACAAAACGAAAGAAACUUUCGUCCGUCUGUAUAAAUACGAUUAAUGUUUUACAAUCAGCGUUGAAAACAAAAAAAGAAACUGUUCUAAACAUGCAGAUUAAUGCGAAACAUCUGUCUCUGAUGUCAUCGGACAAAUUAUAUACUAAUUGUUUUCCGAAACAAAAAAAUAAUGUUACAUCAUUUGCGUCAGAUAAUAAUGAUAUCGUUGAUCCCUCAUCGUCUAAUGAUAUACAAUAAUGUUAAAAAAGUAUUUAGGAUAUACAAUGCAGAAAAAUGGAAUGCAAGAAAUGCAUGUGAGGGAGAGAAUAAUAAAAGUUACAGCAGUAAUGGAAUAGGUAUAUAUAUAAAAGGAAGAGGAAAUUAAAAAGGAUUUGGAGAGAAGAAUUUGGUUGUUAGAUUAAUAUGGACUAUAAUGCGAUACAGUGUUGAAAUUUGGGAAUGGAAAAAGAGGGGAUAAAAAAUGGCAAGGGAGGUACUUGAGCAUUAGAGGGUAUAGAGAUAGACUGAGCAAUGCUAUACUAUAUGGUAAGAGAAAAGCUGUAGAGAGAUAAGAUGAGGAAUAGGACAAGAUAAAGAGCGUGGGAAUUCAAACAAGAAAGAACGGAAAUGUAUAUUAAAUGUGAAGAUUUGAAGUAAAGUUUAUAUCUUUACUGGAAAUGGAAAUCUUAUAGGGAGAAAGAGACGUUCUUAGAUAGGAAUUGCGAAUAAGUUAAGAUUGCGUUGCGGCGUGUGUAUGUGGUAUAGAUAUAAGUAGCAGCGUAAUAGAAGAUAGGAAAUAAAUAUGUAAAGCUUGCAUAAAGACUAUGCAGCAAUUCGAUUGCAGCAACAAAUUGUCGCAACUUUUUCAUUAUUGUACUACGCAAUUUUUAGAAGCAAUUUGGUUGCAGUGGUUGCACAAGAUUUAGAUUCACUUUUAAUUCUAACAACUAGUUGCAUGCAAUUGUAGUAAUAUUUUUGUUUUUAUGUAUUUGCUUUAAAAAGACAACUGUAUUUUAUGUAUCGUAGUAUUUUAUUAUGUAAUUGACAAUAGUUUAGUUCACAUUUAACAUUUGUUAGAAAUGUUACUUUAAUUGCAUGUAGUGUGAUAAGUCACAAAAAUAAUUGCUGCAACUGGUAAAUUUUAUCGAGGUUGCAACAAGUUACAUAGUCUGAUGCAGGCUUAAAAGCAACACACACAUACACAUUAUAAAAGAAUAGAUAUAAGUAAGAUUUUGCGCACAAUAAAGAAAGUAUUAAGAGUAGGAAUAAAUAUUAAUUAUUUUCUUGUAAAUUUAUAAAACAAGUUGAUUUUUUUAUAAACAAAGCAUUGUUUUUUC